AUGUUGCUGCCAGGCGAAAACAGUCCGAAGACAUGGCUUUUUGUAACGGUAUUGGUUUCAACAAUAAUUGCACUUGCUGAAUCUACAGGUCCCAAAACGCAUUCUGCUGAUUUUAAUCCAAGAGCCGUAGAUGAAGAUAGCAGUAGUGACAGUGCUAGUAAAAAAAAGACAAAUCCACGAGAAUCAAGCGAAAGCCAGGAUCAAGAGCAUGAACGAGACAGAGAUCAUCCGAAAAAGGAAGAAUCGAGCAAAGAGAACGCAAAACCGGCCAAAUCUAGCAACGACAGUGAUGACGAUGACGACGAGAAAAUUUCCCAAGAAGAUAACCAAAGAAGUACGAGAGGUCUGAGAGCGGUGGAUUUUGAACCAGAAGAAGAUCAUCCAAAGCUACAUGGAAAAUAUCAAAAGAAUUCUGAUUCAGAUGCCAAUUCUGAUGAUGAACAUCGUCGCUACAGAAGACACAUUGACAGAAAUGCUAAUAGUAAUGGGUGGACAAGUGCUUUAGAAGCCAUAAAUAAAUAA